GCGGGGCUGUCGCGUUUGGAGAGGAGCAGAAUGAUGCGGAUGGGAGAAAAGGAACCUUCUCAGACCUCCGCGAAGCGUCCAAAGCUGGGUGGAGAUGUUUGUGAAGUGGGCAUAUCUUCUCAAGGCUCUUCUGAGUCCAAAGAGUCCGGAGACUGCUCUGAGUUACAUCAAACAGUAGAUUCCACUGGCCCAGCUGACUGCGCCAUCAUUAAUGUUGCGCCCACAAACAGCAGCAGUGGAGUCAGCAUCUUGGAUUAUUGUCCCGAAGGCGACCAGCAAGAGCAUAGUGGAUCAACAGGUUUUGAUGAUUCUGACAGCCAAGACAGUUCUCAAAGCACCAGUCAUAGAUCUGUUCAUAAUGAUGCUGCUGAGACUGAUUCACAGGGCAACAGUGCUGAUCUUGAUGACUUGAGUGAACUUAGUAAUUUGUCUGGACUAAGUGAGGAAGCUUGGCAGCCUGUAGCAGGGCCCAUUUCAUGGGUGCAGCGUCAGAUGGCAAUGGGAUCAGACCCUCGCAGUAUUCUUCAAGAACUGAUUCCAGCAAAUACAGAGAUUCCACCUGAGUACGACCAGCUGACACUGUGGAAGAUAAUCAUCAACUUGUUGUCAGAGCCCCCUCCUCGUCAGAAACUUCCCCAUAUUAAUACUCUAGAGGAUGUCAUAAGUCUUUUAAAGAGCUGCCAGAAGAUCAUGGUGUUGACUGGUGCUGGGGUAUCUGUGUCAUGUGGGAUCCCAGACUUUCGCUCACGAGAUGGAAUUUAUGCUCGUCUAGCUAAGGACUUCACAAAUUUGCCAGACCCCCAAGCAAUGUUUGACAUUCAAUUCUUUAGAUCAGAUCAGCGACCAUUCUUCAAAUUUGCAAAGGAGAUAUAUCCAGGUCAGUUUGAACCAUCAUUGUGUCAUAAGUUCAUCAAACUAAUAGAGGAUCAUGGAAAACUGUUGAGGAACUACACGCAGAAUAUUGACACGCUUGAGCAGGUGGCAGGUGUUAAGCGUGUUAUUCAGUGUCAUGGUUCGUUUGCCACAGCCACCUGCAUGAUGUGUAAAUAUAAGGUGGACGCCGAGGCUAUUCGCAAGGACAUAUUUGACCAGGUAAUUCCCCGUUGCCCCAAAUGUCCUUCAGACGUUCCUUUAGCUGUGAUGAAACCAGAUAUCGUAUUUUUUGGAGAAAGCCUGCCUGGAGAAUUCCAUCGUCAGAUGGCCAGUGACAAGGACGAGUGUGAUCUUCUCAUCGUUAUUGGAUCUUCUCUCAAAGUCCGCCCUGUCGCCUUGAUUCCAAACUCUCUACCCAGCAAUGUGCCACAGAUUCUUAUUAAUCGUGAACCACUGCGCAACCUUCAUUUUGAUGUCGAGCUGCUUGGUAACUGUGAUGACAUUGUCAGUGAGAUUUGCAAACGCUUAGGUGUUUCUUGGGACCACCUAGCUCCACCUGGACCCCUUGCCACUCAAGUCCUUCAGUCAGAUCUUCCACCUUCACCUACUGCAUUUGAAAUCUCAGCAUUCUUGGAAGAGAGGCCUCCACGUGAUAAAAAAGAGAAGGUCAGCAAGAGAAAGCUCUCAUCAGAUGUUAUUGAACACAACACAGACAGUGGCCUUGGUGAUGUUGAACCUGUGUCUUCCAGUGAUUCAAAAAAUAUUCAUGACAGAUGUUCAUGCAUGCAUGGUAGUUCUGUUGCUAGUAGUGGAAGGCGGCAGAGGUGGAGUCCCUGUAACAGUGAAGUAGACAUGAACCCUUUGCCAGGUUUGGAAUCUAUCAGCAACCCAGCAGAUAAAAGUGUAUCCACAUUUUGCAGCACAUAUUCCAGCACCAGCAAGCAGAGUGUGGCCUCUCACCAAAAAGCAUCCUCAGAACACACACAGGGUGGGACUGCAUUGCCUUUGGACCCUGACCAAAUGUCUGUAGUGAAAAGAGCUGGUGAAACAGAUUGUAAAACUAUCCCUUGUGGAGAGCAAGUUGCAGAAUGUUCUUCUGUGGGCAGUAACAAAGUACCACAUGAAGUAGAACAUGUUUGCAGCACCACGGAGUUCUCUUGUAUCAAAGCAAAAAAUACAGACAGUUAUCUUCCCCAUGCAUCAGUCCCAUCCUCAGGUCCUAACCAGCCAGAUUCGACAGUCAAGGAGAGUCAUACACAUAAACACCGGCUACAUUGCAGUGGAAGUGAGAUGGAGGGAAAAGUGGACUUUGACAGAGAGAUGCGCAAGGACAAUGCACAUUGUUCUCAUAAUGACACUAUGGAAGACAUCCGCCGCAUGUGGGUACCAAAGCGUCGUUUAAGUAAAGCAACAAAAAUUUCAGAUCAUCAGUUCCUGUAUUUACCUCCAAGCCGAUAUAUAUUUCAUGGAGCGGAAGUUUAUUCAGAUGAUAGUGAUUCAGACAGUGAUGACUCCAUGGAUGAUUCAGACCAAAGUACAUCAGAGCAUGAAAACAGCAAUGGUACUUGCAGGAGCACUGAGAACGUUGUGAAACAACAUGCCUUGGCUGAAGAACCCCAACCUGACUGUUCUGAUGAGCCACAGAAACUACCCAUAGUUUCUUCCUCUGCUGUUUGUGGUGAUGGAAAUGCAGCUGACUGUUAACAUGGAGUUUCAACAGUUGGACAAUCAAAAGGGAAAGUCAACAGUAUUUUGCUGAGUUCUGUUUCUGCUCGCAUCUGCCUGAUGCCAGUUUGUCCCCUCUGGGUCACAGAUCUUGCAGAUGCUGUUAGUGAUGUUGUUUUAUUGUAGUUUUAGAUUCACAAAACUAUUAUUUACUUUUUAUGAGUUCUGCUGGAAGAACAGUUUUCAUUGAUUUACUUAUGAUGGUGAUGUUUUUAAGUUUUGAAAGGUGCAGAGUACCCUUAAGAUAUAAAUGAUUAGGCAACUGCAAUCAGUUUCUUUUCACCCAAGUGCUCAUCACUGUUUCUGUGUGACUUAUCCAUGUGGGUAUAUUUACACAGUGAUGCUCUCAGAGUGCUUGUUAACUUAUUUCACAGCAUUUGUGGAUGUGUGUUAAGCAUGUCAGUUUUAAUUACUUUCUUAGGUCCAGAAUUAUUACUGUUAGACAAGUUUUUCGGAACAAUUCUGACACUAAAACAAAAACUGUCAGAUAUUUCUUACCAGCUUCAUGGCCUUUACUUAAACUGUUGAGUUCUGCUGCCUUGCAUAAACCAGUGUAACAUUAUGGUUUUUCUUUUUUAAAUCAUGGUCAUGUUUCAGGCUGAACAUGUCACUCGUGAAUACUGGUAGUCAGGCAGAAGAGAGUUCAGCAAUGUUUAUUACAGUGGCUUUGUACAUAUUAGCAUUUGGCUUUGUCACCCAUGAUUUAUGUUUAGCAUGAUAGAAGAAAGUUUGAUAAAUGUAAUAAAAUGUUUAAAGACAAGAAUAAAGUCAAUAUGUUUGUGGACUGAUUUAGAUGUGUGUAACAUUAGACUGUGCAAGGUCAUCAGCAUUAGUGUUUAUAGGCAGAGCUGUCUGACUGGCCAUUCUGUAGAAAGUUUAAAACUACAAGGCCUGGAAAUAAGGCAUACCAGAUGUAUGUAACAGAGCUGAAAACUGUUGUCCUGAUUUUAAAGUAGGAAAAGGCAGGUAACAUGCUUACAAAAGGAUCAUUUUUGUUUCCAAAAUUAAUAGGGAAUAAUUUGUAGUGUUGUGAAAAAUAUACUGUCCCUUGAUAAAUGACUAUUUUCCCUUACAGGUGAUAUUGAAUUUACCAAAAAAACUGUCUUCAGUCAUUUAAAUGCAAACAAUUAGUUUUAAUGAUUUAGUUAGUGGCAAGAUACAUCUCUAAAAUCUAAGCAAACAACUACACUAUAUAGGUAAGAGUCUAAAACAUCUCAGCUCUCAACGGCCUUCUGAACAUUUUGUGGAAAGAUCCAAGACAUCAUAUCCUGCAGCUUCGUAGGCUUGCUGUUACGCCAAUGCCUUAUUAACUCUUGCAUUGGCUGUGGCCUUCAAUUAACUUCAGAAGUUAAAAUUUAGGUAAAUCCACAUGUGCCUUUCUUUUAAAAAAAAAAUCAAAGACAGCAAUGCAUUUUUGUGAAAAAAAAAAACAUGUUCUACCUGUCUACAAAUUUGAGUGUUUAGGGUAGUCUUUAAAUGUUUAGAAAUAGAUGUUGGUCAUGCAUCUUUGUGAAAGGUUUCCUUUUGAUGCCACAAAGCCCAUACUCUCUACCAUAUUAAAAAAGUGUUGCUUUGAUUGGUACUGGAAAGAUGGAUGCCAUGAAGUUUAUCAGUUUUCUUAACUUUCAGAGACCUCAGGGACAAUUUUGCCUUUUCUUGCUCAGAUUUGAUUUAAAGUUAUUGAUGCCUCAAAAUCACUCACAACUCAGUCUGUUACUAUAUUUUGUCAAACUGUGAAGUAAGUUCAUACUGUUUUCAGCCUGGGUUGCAAAGUCAUUUGUGUUAGAGAUUUGAGAAAUUUAAAGUAUAGGUCUAUAGUCAUAUGUUUUGUAUUAUAAAUGAUCAUGGCACUGUUGGGGGUUCUUGAGCAACUUGUGAAUAUUUUACACUUUUUUUCUGGCUCUUGUAUGUUUCAGAGCAACAUUUAGUUCAGAGUGAAUGUUCUUCAAAAUGAACAGACAUUUAAUCAUUUUUUGGAGGUACUCAUCAAAGUCUCCUGAUUUGAUAAAAGCUGCUUUUCAAAGAUUGUAAAUUUGUUCCAGGCUUGCCAUCUGACAAACUCUCCAAACUCAUCAUCAUCAGUUGUGAUUAAAAUUUAUUUUAGUAAUAGUGAUGUUUUCUGCCGAUGAUGUUGGAGUCUAAAACAAAUUGAGCUUGCGUAUCAGAUGAGAUGUAGUUUUUGCUAUCAUCAUCAACGCCAUUAAAACAACAUACAGCAGUUUCAUUUCUUCUAUAACUGUAUGACUGAGCAGGUAGAAUUUGACAUUUGUUGUUAAAUUUCAAAGGCAUUUAUAACACUAACACAGUUUUUGUUUUUUAAAAAAGCCAAAAGAAAGUGUUAAUUAUAUGCCAAAAUAUUAUCAGUAUCUUGCUGAAGGACUGUUGAAAGAGCUAGGUACAUUAUCAAAACAUUGUGGUGUGAAUCUAAAACAUGAUGUUUGGUGGUCCUUUAGUUUUAAAUCUAAUUGCUUGUUAGAAGCUGCAUAAACUGGUUUACCUUUCUCUAUUUUCAUGAUUUUUAAAAAUAUUUAAUCCUAAUACCAGCUAUGUGGAAUUGAGGCUGCUCCUGUUAGGCUAUUACUUUAUUCUCUGAGAAUUAUUUUGCUUGUUUGGUUUUUAUUUUAGCAACGCUGCUGGUUUUCCUCAGUUUCACAUGUCACAUGAUGCAUUCUUGUUCUUUUUAAGCUUGUUUUUUGUUUUGAUGACCGAUUGUUCUCUCCCUAUUUGAUGCAGAUUUUAUUUUAAUAGCUGUUACAUUCUAGAUCCAAUCCUGAUUCUCUUUCCUAUUCUUUAGCAUGGCGUCAUACUUUCAGUUUCUAAUCUAUUAAAAUAGUAUGUAUUGUAUUGUCCUGUUUUCCGAUCUGUCCAAAGUACAAAAAAAGCUUGUGCUUCCCCAACUCCUGGACCAUUUCGCAUGUCACAAUCUACUUGAACCAUAUCAAUCAGCUUGUCUGUGAAUUAUUCAGCUGAAACAGCAUUGCUACAAGUACCAAAUGAGUUACUAUCUACUUGCAACAUGGAUCACACCUUACUAUGAUUUCCAUCUGACCUCCUUGUUUGAAACACUGAGCCAAAAUGUUCUCUAGCACAUUGUUAUUUUUUACUGACCAAGUCCAGUCUGUUGCAGUUAAAGGCACCACAUCAUGGUCUUCUGUCCAAGCCUGGAUGUCUGUUAACGAACUGAAGAUGAAUGAUGACAAAAACAAAAUCGUUUCAAUAACCUCUGCAAAUAAAUUGAAAUGUAUGUCUUUCUCAGCUACUGUUACUUUCUCUUUCCCAGAUCAUCUGGAAUCUUGAUGUUAUCACUGGCACAUCAUUGUCUAAUGUAUCUUAUAUCAAUGCAGCUACAAGCUCAUUUUCCUUGAGCUUUGCUGGAUGAGUCGAAGCCAACCCUUGCUGUCAGUUUCUGCCACCAAAAAGCUGUUAUGUUGUCCUGGAUAUACCAUGCUACAUCUUACAUGGAUUACAAGAUCGCCACACCAUUGUAUUCAUGGCCUUGCCCCAGCACAGCUAUCUGAGCUACUGACACCUUGCCACCCAUUAGUCUCUUCAGUUUGCUUGUGUUGCCAUUUUUCUUGUGCCAUGCAUCAGAUGAGAAAUUUGGCAGUUGCUUUUUCUCCUCUGCACACACUGUUUGGAAUUAUCUGUCCCUUUCUCUUCAAACUGUGUCUAAACUUUAAAAUCCAGCAUCAAAAAAUCUUUCCUAAUGAAACAUUCUACUUCCCACUUCUCAGUUUUUCAUUUUCAUUCAUGCACUUUCAUAGUAUUUGCCACAGUGUCAUCCUAUUGCUGACACUUCUAUGCACAGCACAUUAAGCUCACCUCCACAAGGGAAAUGUAGGUCACAAAUUUAAUUAUUAUUAUUUGCUGCUAAACAAAUACCAGAUUAUUGAGACUGUCAACAGAUGUUUGGCUUACUACUACCUUUAUAUACUUGAGAGAAGUACUGUCUUGAAAAUCGUAAAAACUGUUGGAAAACAAUUAUACAUACUUGUUUCAGCAAGGUGGGACUUUUUUAAAACUGAGAUACUAGACCGGCAAGCUUUUAAGGAACUCAGUUCAUCAUUUUGCAUAUGUCGCAUCAUACUUUAUUAAUUCAAAGUUGUUGGGGUUUUUUUUUUAGACUGGUUUGAUGUUGACUGUAACUGACAGUUGUGUUUACUCCCUAGCAUCACUUGGGAUGAUUUUAGCCCACAACCAGUAUUGAGCCUGAGAACUGUUCAUGAGUAACUGCUCCUAUAUAAAAUGCCAAGCAUAGGAGGUUGAUGGAUUUAUGGUAUGCUAUUUCUUUUCAGUUGAUUGCAGUUGUAUACUGAUACUAGGCAACACCAUUAAAAUGUUUACCAUGAAGCCAAUCCAUUAAAGAGCUAACAUAAGUAACUGAACAUAUAUGAAUGACAUGCCUUUUUCAUUCUGAGAACUUUUUUCUUAGACUUGAUUUUGCAUCUGCAGAUCAGGUCAACUGAGGAGACCUUGGAUCAGGUGCAUGGCAUAUUGUUAGGUGCAACCUAGGUAGUGAAUGUGAAACUGUCAGUUUAACUAUCUUAAGCUCAUUUGUACAUUUGUUUAUCCUGUGUCCAUUUUCUGAGACACAAACAUCAACAUUUAUUUUCCAUUGUAGUACAUGAAGGUGAAAUAAUAGUUUAAAAAAAAUAUUUUUUUAUAUAAGGAAAUAGUAAUGUUAUGUUAGCUUUGUGAAAGAGUUCUUCAAUUUUGUAAAAUAAAUCUUUGUUUCUUUAAGUAUUCUCUAACUUUCUUGGUUACUGUUUUAAGUCUGCUUUACUGUUACAUAAGAAUCAUUGGGCAUGUUAUAGGGCAAACCUCUACCUUAGGGCAGGAUAGAAUAAUUUGACUAGGGGAAGGGAGGUGAGGAUUGCACAUUGCUGGCUAUCCUAAUGACCAUGCUUUGCUGAUUGCUUUGCUUCCAUGGCUUAACAAGUACCUUCUUCCUCCAGGUCAAACCAUUUUUUCCUGCCAGUUAGUGGAAGUUUGGCCUUAAAGUAAGAUGUCAUUUUAUUUUGUGUGUGUGCUUGCAUGUUGGGGCAUUUGCAUUGUUUGUGUUUUGCAAGAAAGCAGUGUGGAUGGUGCAUUUUUUUUUAUUUUCAUAUACUUGCCCAUUAUUGUAAGAUGCAUUCUUUGUACCCCACUACAAGAUAGUCUACCUCAGUGGCAGCGAUUUUGACUACAGUGUUAAAGUGAAAGCAUUACUAAUGUUUAAUUCACUUAAUCUUGAGAGGACAUCGUUGUCUUUGAUGUUAAUGUUUUAUGUUAUUUUCAAAUGUUUUGUAUAGAUAAAUAUCUGACUAUUAUCAUCCAUGGUGUAAUAAAAAUUUUAAUUUUACUUGAAAAUUAAAAAAAUGUUUUGCUCAAGCAUAAUGAUUAUGGUGUUUAUUUUUUGCCUAUUGCAGCCACUUUUUUAGGGUAGGAAUCCUGUUUAUGUGAAUUUUCAGAAUUUUUUUUUUUCAGUUAUUUUUUUUGCACAUAAAAUUUCACUUUUUUAAGGAUAGAGGGGAACAGUUUCAAAAUGAAGAUAAGAAAUAUUUGAGCUUAUUACUUUUUCCUUUUUAUUUUGCAUUCCGUUUUUCCAUGACUACUGUCAGGCUACCUGGCAAUGAAGGUGGCAGUCAUCCUCAGCAAGUCUGCUGGUUCCCACAGUUUCUCUGUUAGCUCCACUGCCUCUGGCCAGGUAGACAGCAUGCCAUAGCCAUAAAAAUAUGCAGGUUGGAACAUAUCAGCUUGUGCGUUCUGCUCCUGCCUUCCAAGGUGUGGGAGGUCAUCAGUUUCCGGGCCCUGUUAUAGUCAUUCUGUUCAGGCAGAGCAGUCGUCUUUGGAGAACAGAUUUUGCCUUGGCAUAGGAAACUUGGUGACAAUCUGGUUCCUAAUUCCCGUGAAGCUAAUGAAGAUUCCUUCUUUAUUAUUAAGUCCUUGCUCGACUGAGCCAUCUGUAUACACAUGGGCUCAAGUAUCAACUUCUCUAGACUCGGUGUUCUUUGGAAUAAGUCUCUGUGGUGAUGUCAGGCAGGUGGGGGAUAAUAUUUAGCUCUGCAACACCCCAUUUCUUACAUCACUCAAUGCUGUAUGGCUUAAAGAGAAAGGACAUCUAGAUGCUUUUGCUAGAGAGUCUUAGUCAUGCGUUUCUGUCAUUUCAGUCUGUUCUUAGUCAGCUUCUGCAGUCUGUGGUGUGGGUGGUGAGGUAGUCCUUUUAGCUUUUCCUCCUGCCUGAGCAUUUAUGUUCUCAUCUUUCUUCCAGGUGUGGUCCGGUGUCACAAUGGUUAGCACCUGUCACCAAUACAGUGAGGGUUGGCUGUCCUGGAUUAAGCUCUCAUCUCAGGCAUGCUUUUCUUUCACAGCAUGUGGCAUCUGUUUACAGGGGUGGCUGCCUUGCUAUGACAUAUCCUCAGUUACUGGCUCUGCGUAAAGCACCAAUUUCCCAAUCCCCUUAUCUUUUUACCCAGAAAGUAAAAACCCCUUGUUUUCAGGGGGAUUUUUAAAACCUCCUGUGAUGAGGGUAGGAACGACAGGGCAGCAUUCUGUUCUGUCCUGGUCUUAGUAGUUAUGAUGAGGAAAUACUUCAGGUAGGUAUGGUCAUAUACUGCCUCAGGAUUCUGCUGUUUGCACUCCACUGAACAGCUUUUUCAUUAUGGCCAUCUUCACAGCCUUCUCAAGGGCAUUGAGGUGUGCCCUAGUUACUUUUCUGUAGAGUUUUACUGCAAGACAUGUUGGAGGAUUCCUUUAUUUUUGAUCUUCCAGCUGUACUCUUUUUGGUUAGGUGAAAGAGAAACACACGUGGCUUCUGUUUUUGUUCUAAUAGGGGUCACAAACCACUAAUCUGCCCAGCUUAAAUGCUCUGUUGGUGUGAUGCAGUCCAAACUGCCAGGUCGCCAGCAUAGAGGGCUUUAGCUGGCAUGUAAACUUGACAUGUUAAGACAACAAACAGGGUGAGUUAGAUUAUUCAUCUUUUUGGUACCCCUUUGCUAAGUUUCACCAAGUGGCUAAUAUCCCCUCAAGUUUCACUCUUGUAGUUCUCUGGAACUAGAAACUAUGGCUCCAUAAAUAUACUUUUUUAUAAACUUUUUGAGGAACAGAAGGCUUACCCUCCAGACCUUGAAGGCCGAAUCCAGGCCUGCAAAGACAGCCAGGGUCAUCUUCUGUUGGAAGCCAUUUUCCCUUUCUUGUGCCAAUUAUAAUUUGGUGCUCAGCACUUAUGUUCUUUUUUUUACUGUGAUGGGUUGAUAGUGUUAUUUUCUUUUCUAGAUUGUACUGCAGGCAGUUUGAGCUGAUUUAGAAUGAGUGUCAGAAAAGUAGCAAGCAUGACAUGUGAGAAUAAAUUUAUUUAUUGAUAGUCAAGCUAUAGAUUUUGAAAUGUGAAAAAUAGCAGUUCUGAUGACAAUAUUUGUCUCUGUGACAUUGGCUUUGCCUGUUAACAUGGCACUAAAUGCCAACAGGAAACCAGUAUGGCUUAACAGAUAAAAAGUGGUUUUUUGAUCUUUAGUUAUACUCAUGUAAGCACAAGACUUUUACUUACAUAUUCACAAGUUUCAUUCUUGAGAGAAUCAGAAAGUGAUGAACCAAUAACAUGACAACUGUGCCAGAUGUCUUUAUAACAAAACUUUUUUUGCAGAACAGAAGGAAACAUGAUGAACAUUUUAGGACUAACACAUAAUGUAGAAAAGAGUAAUCUCUUCAGCUGAUGGAUGCAUUUUUUUGCCUUUAAGUGUGCAGAGCCUACACAUGAUAAAUUUUUUAUUAUAUUUGUUGUUUUGUGAAGGGGAAAUGCAAUGGAAUUUAUCUGUUUGGAGACUGUGAUGUGCAUGUGUAAUAGAUGGUAGUGUGGAUAUCUGGUUUGGGAAAUCUUGAGGAAAACGAUUAGUUAAACUCACCAUUAUAACAGAUCAAACAUACACAAAAAAUCAGGCUUAGGCAUGCAUCAUGUUCAGAUCUUUUGUGAUAGGAAGCACAUUUCUUUCUUAAAUAUCAUAUACCAUGGCUUAGUCUUGGCAGGUGCUGUUCUCCUGUGAUAACAUUGUCCAGAUUGAGGUGUUAAAGGACAUUGGUUUACAGCGCUUGAAAAUAGCUCAAACUUGAGACACUUUACUGGCCUUAGUUAUGUAAGUCUAGUGAAGCAGAAUCUGUUUAUGAAUUUAAUGUAGUCAGGAGUUUGUUGCAAAUAAUAGAUUUGUAGCCUUAUACAUCUUUUUAUUCAUCUUUAAUAUUUACUUAGCCACUUUUUAAAUUAAUAGCUUUUAAUAAUUAGUGGGGUUGUUUCUUUUUGAAUGUCAUGAGAGAUGAGUAUGUUCUCAGAAACAAAACUACUCAUUUAUUGCUAUCACUUUGUUGUGAAAUAAAUUGUAAAUUUGAGUUCAAAAUCUUAUUCAGAAAAAAAAGCUAUAGAAUAUAAGUGGUGGUAUGGAUUAUCUUUAAAAAAUUGUUCCCAGUUAAUGCAGGUCAGUAAAUUAGGUGCUUGUUAAGAUAUUUUCAUUCAUAUUUCUGGUAGACAAAAUAAUGCCUGAAUGCAAAACUAUUCCAGAUUAUUGUACAUGUUUUGAUAGCUUAGUAUUUAACUGUGCCAGUUUUAAUCAUCCAGCAUGUAGGGUUACAGUACUGAAGCAUUGUCAUUGUCGUGUAUCAUCAAAUUUACUGGGUGUCUCAAUGACAUUUUUAUGGCCCGGUAGACCUAUUAAUUCUGUGCUAUUUCAAGCCAUCUUGGUUUUAUCAUAUGUACAUAAAAUUUCACUUUUCAUGUUACUUAAAAAAAAAUUUCAGGAUUUUUGUUAUUUCAUUUUCAGACUAAAUAUAUGAAAUGAAUUGUUUUUCCUUAUUUUAUGAAAUAAAACGAAGCUAAAUACAAAAAAAAUUAGAUCUUUUCUUAAAAAAAAAAAAAACUUCAUAAAAUUAGAACUGGUUAUAAAGCAACAAAAGCAGAGCUAAAUGUUUUUGCAUAUGAAGUAGAGCUGUGUUUUCCAAGUACAAACGAUCUAAACAUACUAUGUAUUCUUGAGAACACAAUUUGAUAAUGAUAAAUUUUGUUGGAUGCACAUUGUGGAAUGCAAUUUAAGAACAGAGAAUAAAUCUCAAGAAAACUCAGUCCUAAAUGUUUAAGAGCAUAUUUAGCAGGCAAGCUGUAAAUAAAUGCGUCCAGAGUGCUGACAUAUUUUACCACCAGUUGAGAGGUGACCUAUGUUAAUGCUGGGCAUCAUAACCACAAACCUCAAUUUCAUUUUAACUUAAAUAAGAAGUUAUUUUUAAAAGUUGAAUAUGAGAUUGCAUUAAACUUUCUGAGGGGUACUUCUGCCUCUUUAAAGUAUAUAAUUAUAAAGUAUAAAAUUAAAGUUUCAUUAACCAAGUGUCUUGUAAGUUGACAUCUGAGGAAGCCUCCAUCUGGCAAGGAUUGUUUAGCAUUUCAGUUGUAUAAACCAAUUAUUGGAAAUUCUCUUACUAGGCUUCUGCAAAACGAUAGCUUGGGUUAAAAAAAGUUCUUAAAAUUAAUACUUUCUAGCAGAUUUCAUCAGUGAAAAAUUCCUCCACUUUCCACUAAUGAUGUUAAUCAUGUUCAUUCCAACACUGAUGUUCUUUCCCGUCUAAUGGAUUUGAAAUUGUCAUGGAAUUGAUAAAUGACCAUUCAAAUGAAAACAAAAAGCCACUUUGUCAACAUUAUUAAUAAUAAGUGCAAGAUAUGUAUACCACACAUUCACACUCAUAAGGAGCAUGCUUGCGGCGCUUAAGAACAAAAAUGAGACACGGAUAACAAACAGGGGACAGAAGAACAAGCAACAUGUGAAUGACAAAAGAUAAACAGUACUGGUUAUUGUGUUAAAGUGGAGGAGUAAAUAUAAUAAAAUUAUGGUGCAGUGUGCAAAAAUUGAUGAAUCUGUGUACUCCUAGUAUCACAUGCCCAGUGCCAAAUAGAAAAAGCUUCUAUAUUUGUAAUAAUGUCCUGCAGCAAAAUGUGAUGGUUUACAGUUAUAGUACAGAGUCUUAGAUGAAUGCAUUAACAUUUUUUUAAAACAUAAAUUGUUAAAUAUGCAAGGUAUUAUUGUCACAAACCAAAAAGCUUGCUAUUUAAAAGAAAAAAAAAACCCCUUUCCAAAGAAACAGUUUUAGUAACAUUUUUUCUGUUUAGAGACAGAAAAUCAUAAAAAUAAUACUGUAUAUGUUGCUAAAUGGAGUCUUUUAUGGACUGUACUAUGCUAGUAUCAGUUAAAAUGUACUGCCACUGCUAGCAGUAGCAAGAGGAAAAUAUACAGUUAUCAAUGUAAGUUUUCUUGUGAAAUCAGGUCAUUUUAUAGACAUUUUGAGGGUAUUGUCAUGUCUGUAACUCGGGAGGUGAGAAAGAGGGUGUUUCAUCUCAGAUUUGAGUCAUUCAUUUGUGAAUGCUGCAUUUUUCUGGACUUGUCAGAGAAGAGUAAUCAUUCUUUUGGCCAAUAAUUUUUGUGUUGUUGGUUUUCUCCAUGUAUGUAAAAAUUCACUUUUUCUUUUAAACACCACUUUAUUAACUUGAAUAGUUUUCUAUAUCGUCCUAUUUGUAAUAAAUAUCAUCGCAGUA